AUGAAAAUAACUGUAACAUGCAAUUUAACUGGAGAUGAUGCGUUUUUAAUAGAAAUAACUGCUGAUAUGCUGAUAGAAAAUUUCUUAUUGGUUUGCCGAUCAGAAAUUCCUUCAUUACAAAACAUACCAGUAUGGCAAAUGAGCAUACUUCAUAAUGGAUAUACAACUAUUAUGGAUGGAGAAAAUUUGAAGAAAACUAUUCGUGAUAUGCAUAUAUUUGACAAUGAUAUAGUUAUGGUUUCGGCUACCAAACCAGUAGCAUCUUCUAGUGAAGCAGAAAGUUCAAGUAAUUUAAUCGCCGAUUUAGUUAGAUCAAUCAAAGUACCAGGAGACAAAAAACCGUUGAGAGACAUGGUAUUGCGUCCUUCAGAUAUCAGAAUGCUUCGUUUUUUGUUUGAUUCGCUAAGAGCCAAUGAUCAAGCUCGUGAUCGCUAUCGCGUAAUCAUGCCGGAUUUGGUUGCUGCAGCUGAGCAGAAUAAUUUUGAUGCUUUCACGAAGCAGUAUCUUGUUGAUCGAGAAGAGUCUCUGUCUAAGGCUAAUAUGGUGUUUGAUCCAACGAAUGUGGAAGGGCAGCGAAUGAUUGCUGAACAAAUUCAGCGUGACAAUAUUGAUUUUUCUCAUAGAUUUGCUAUGGAACAUAUGCCAGAAGUCUAUAUUCCUGUAACAAUGCUGUACAUCAAUAUGAAAAUAAAUGGAGUUGAAGUGCAAGCACUUGUCGAUUCAGGUGCGCAGGUGUCUAUAUUAUCUGAUAAUGUUGCACAACGUUGUAAUUUGAUGCGUCUAGUAGAUGAAAGAUUCAAAGGAACACUGUCUGGCGUUGGUGGUUUACGAGAAAUUUUGGGGAAAAUACAUGCAUGUCAAGUGCAAAUUGAACAACAAUUUUUCCCGUGUUCUUUUAAUGUUUUAGUGAACCACCACGUAGAAGUUUUGUUAGGCCUUGAUAUCCUGAAACGCCACAAAUGUAGUAUAGAUUUGGAGAAAAACUGCUUGAGAUUUGGUACACUGGCAACAACAUGUUUUUUACCGGAGUCGGAGAUUACACGUACUGUUACUCCAUCACUGCUAACCAAUCCCUCUGGUUUGCAGCCUGAAGUUGACAGUGCGAAUUUGGCUUCUCUAAUGGCACUUGGUUUUGAGGAAGCAGCAGCUCGUGCGAUGCUUUUAGAAUGUGCAAAUGAUGUUGAAAUGGCUGCUGCUAAUCUGCUCGCCAAACAAUCUUCCCCAUAA